AAGGGUUUUACCAGCAAGUAGACACUGGAAGCCACACAUGUCUUAUGAGUUAUCAUCUGGUGGAAAGGGUUAAAAAUCACAUAACCUGGAAUUGUAAUUUCAGGGAAUGGAGUCAAUGAACUUAAUUAGGAAAAGGAGAAAUUCCAAUGAAGAUGAUAACCACCAUUUUCCACAAUUCGAAAGGAAUAAGACAAACCCUGUCUUUCAGGAGUCUCAGGAUGCAGAGAUAGGAAGUAUGCCUUCAAGCAAUGACAAUGAAAUAAAUGGGAGCAACAUUAUUAGCCCAGAAAACAGCUUAAACCAGAUUAUUGCUGAACUCAAUCCAAAUAUCCCACAGUCCUUCCAUGAGGAAUAUGCACUGGGCCAAGGUCCUUACUCCCAUAUCAACCAGAUUUUGAAGGAGGCUCACUUCUACAGCCUACAACAACGCAGACAACCUGCAACAUGAUGUAGUAGGAGCUCCUCAUUCUGACCUAAACCUUGAA